AGCUCAGAUUGUUGCAUAACGUAAAAUAAAGUGCAUUAGGGUCGAAGGGAAUUUGAAGUGAAUAAACAGGAGAAAUAGACUGGUUUCGUUUACGCGCAAUAAUCUAACUACGGGCCGGUCUAGCACUCCCGCUAACUUACAAAGACGAUAUGCAAAGGAGGACUAUCACGUGAGCUGAUACUACCCGGAAGAACGUUCUGCGGCAAGCACGUGGGCGUACCCCUUGCAUUGCUGUUUUGGAAAGGGCCUAGGAGCAGCUAUGCCGGUUGGCUGGGGGGCUGCUUUUGCCGCAGGGGCCGGUCUGUUGGGGGCGCUGGCCGCCUGCUCAGCUAAGCUGGCCCUGGGUGCUGAUUACCUGCGGGAGGGCUGCGUUGCAGUCAUCGGAGGCGAGGAGCCAGCCGCUAGUGUCUGCGCCUGGUUGCCCAUGAUACUUCGAGUAGGAUGUGGUGGUCUGGUGCUUGCAUUCAAUGCCAUAAUGUGGACUUUCUUUGCUAAAGCCUUAGGAUAUUCCUCCUCCUCGGCUACAGCAACGGUGACAUCAGCAGCUUCUAACUUCAUCUCUUCUGCUUUUCUUGGCAAGUUGCUCUUUGGGGAGACUCAUGCCCUGUUGUGGUGGAUAGGGAUAUCCAUAACCCUCCUUGGACUUCUGCUGCUCCACACUGCACCAUCUCUACUAGAAGAGCAAAGGCACUUGAAGGAAAAAAAGAAAUAAAACCUUGAAGAUCUUUUAAUUCAUGACACAGACAAGAUGUCACAUAAGGGUUUUUUUUAAAAAAAUUGUGUUUUUUUUUUUAAAAAAAUCCCUUCUGACUUCUUCAUCUAAGUUGGCACAAUUGUCUCUCGCUUUGUUUAUGUGGACCAAUUUAGAGCUGAUACUAUAAUGCAAAGACCAUGGUGGUGGUCAUGGUAACAGUGAGGGAAGCAUGAAGGAGGAGUGCUGUUGAGAUGUGAUAAUGGCAUCUUGUGAGCCUCUGAGGUAACACUUUAGGACCUUUAGUCAUUGAGAAUAGUUUUCCACAGAAUGAGAAAGUGGGUGUGUCUCAGAGCUGCCAAGACCUAUUGAAGCAUAUGCUCUUUCACCGUUUCUAAAAAUGAUACAGUGCUAUGUUCUAUAGGUCCCCUUGGCUUGGCUCCUAAGUUAUUAAAAGAGAGAGUGAGAUAGAGAUGAAACUGUCUUUCCUGGACAGGAUACAUAUGUAUUUUAUCCUGUAUGUAUAUCUGACACUAGGAUCUGGCCUUUUCUCUGUUCCAGUGCGAUGUGUACUAUGUACUGUGAUCCAGUACAUAAUAGACUUCAAAUAAUAGAGACAUACUUGAAACUAUAUGGUUUGCAGAGUAGUCGCCCACCUUUGUGUCUUCUCAGGUCCAAAACUUUGCCUGUUCAAAUGUAGUCAGGCCUUGAUCAGGCUAGAUUCAAAUCCCAACUUAGCCAGAGUCAUGGAGGGAACCAUCAGCUCUUAUCCCCCAUUUUCUCACUUAAGAAAUAGAAACAGUACAUGACUUCAUUCUUAGGGUUUGCAGUAGGCCAGGUGUAGGGAGCAUGCAAUUGUUGACCUGAUUUCAUGCAAGUGGAGGAGAAGUAAUGCAGUAAGGAAGUGUUUAGGACACAUUCCUAAAGUGUAAGGCAUAGCGAUUGCGCAGCACAAAAUGUUGUAGUAGGAUCCAGUCACCUCACUCUCCGUGACACCAUUGUUUGUUUCUAGGAAUUUCUAUUCUGUUCUUCAGUAUAAAUUCCCAGAACAGUUUACAUAAAAGGAAAACAAUAAUAGUAGCUCACUAGAGCAGCUGGUCUUCUCUUUGAUGUGUUUCAAGUCCAUCACUGUAGAUUGCCAAAGGUUGGUAUUGCAAGUAGCAAUUCAGCAGGAGUCAAGUGGCACAAGAGGCCAGUACCUGACUGUGCCUGGCAUCUCAGGUUGAGCAAAUUGUACAAAUAGUGGCUCUUACUCAGACCAUCACUUCCAUCUUACCUGCUGACUAACUUGGCAGCCCAUGCACUGUGUAUCCUGUCUGCUUUCCAGUGGAUUUAUUGCAUGGUUGGUACUUUGUUUGCAUCUGCUCAGCCUACCCUGAUUACAAAUUGAUCAGGAAAUAAAUUCAACCAUUGUGGGGCUUACUUCCAAAUAAAUGUGUUAGGAGUGGGCUGUAAAGGUUGAAUAACAUUGAUGCUUCAGGGACUUUUGAGAAGAGACUCCAUCAUACGGUUUUGCUGCUGCAUCACCCCAAUCCAGCAAUUGGCACCAUUGCUCUGAUGCACACCCAGAUCCACGAGUCCUAAAUAUGCUUCAGUGCCAUAUCUGUUAGUGCUCAUGGAGUUGUCCUGUCUUUGCUUCACAUUGAAGCACAUACAGUGUUCCAAAUUGGGGUGCAUAUUUAAGGCAUAUAGGGUGCACUCUUUCUGAUAGUUUUAAGGUUUACUUCUUUUUGUAGACCUGGAAGAGCAUGAACUUGGAUAUGAAAACAAAUGGUGUUUAUCUUGGCAGCCCAUCUGUUAUCUGACAUUUUAAAUACGUCUAUGCAGUCUCAGCAAAUUGGAAAACCAUUUUCCAUCCAAGGGCCUUUUUGUGCCAGUCGCACAGCAAGAAUCCUGACCAGUGAAAGCUCUCAGACAUGUCGCUGUUGGCAAGACUCCUCCAUCUCUGACAAAAGCUUCAAGAUGACCUGCAAAAAAACAAGAUAGGGAGUUGGGCUUGUGUCAUUUGUCAUGUUUCUUAUGUGACAAAGAGGGCCUCUUUUUCAGUUCUUGUUUCUCCCCCUAGUCACUCAGGCUUUUGCCCAUCCUGAAAGAAUGGAGAUGAUGAAAGAGUUCUUGGUAAGAUUUUUGAUAGUAUGGAGUCUAAGAAAGGAGAAAGAGAGAUUUUUAUUUGGCCUGAUAACUCUCUGUGGGAAGAAAAACAAAAUAUUUUUUUUGAAAAUAAUGUUUCCGAUUUUUUAAAAAACAUAUUUUUGAGGGGGGUGGUGUUAAUUAAUGUAUUAUAAGAUUUUCCCAUUACAAGAGAGUGCAAUAUAUUAACAAACAUAUUAAGCACCCUUUUCAAAUAUAAUCAUCAAUGUUCACUUACAUUUUCUUUUUUCAGAGUCACCAGUGGUCAUAUUUAUUGAAAGUUUAACUCAUUAUAUAUAAAAAAUCACAUAUAUCAGAUUGAGUUUAGCAGGCCUUUUACACAUCCCAUUUUUAGUCAACAUAUAACACAAAUGGGAACAAUUUUUCCUUGAAAUAUUUGCAUAGAUAUUUUGUCCAAUUUAAGCAGUUCCCAUGCUUUGUCACACCAGCACUUAUAUUGUUAAAAGGGGGAGGGGAAUGUUGAGAUUUUAACUAUGUUUGUUGAAAUAAAACAAGCUUUUCCCACAAAA